GGAACCGGACUUCCAUUCCAGUUCAGCUCCCUCAGGCACCCCGUCUGGGGCUCUCUUUUGGGCAGAGAACCUGUCAGCUUGGCGGCUGCACCAUGCCUCUGAAUCCCUUCACUGCCGGGCUGUGUCUGCACAGAGCAGAGCGUUGGGAGCCGCAGAUGGAGAAUGCAGUGACCUAUGAUGACGUGCAUGUCGACUUCACUUGGGAAGAAUGGACUUUGCUGAAUCCUUCCCAGAAGAGUCUCUACAAAGAUGUGAUGGUGGAGACCUACAGAAACCUCACUACUAUAGGAUACAUUUGGGAAGACCAUAAUAUUGAAGAACUUUGUCAAAGUUCUAGAAGACAUGAAAGGCAUGAAAAAACAUAUACUAGAUUGAAACCCUAUGAAGAAAAUGAGUGUGGUAAAGCUUUUGCAAAUCACAGUCAUCAUCAAAUGCAUAAAAGAUCUUACAGUGGAGAGAAACCCUAUGAAUGUAAUCAAUGUUGUAAAACCUUUGCACGUCACCGUACUCUUCAAAUACAUAAAAGAACACACACUGGAAUGAAGCCGUAUGAAUGUAAUCAGUGUGGUAAAGCUUUUGCACUUCCCAGUACUUUUCAAAUGCAUAAAAGAGCACAUACUGGAGAGAAGCCCCAUGAAUGUAAUCAGUGUGGUAAAGCCUUUGCAUUUCCCAGUAUUCUUCAAAAACAUAAAAGAAUACAUACUGGAGAUAAGCCCUAUGAAUGUAAUCAGUGUGAUAAAGCCUUUGUUUGUCAGAGUAAUCUCCAAAUGCAUGAAAGAACCCAUACUGGAGAGAAACCCUAUGAAUGUAAUCAGUGUGGUAAAGCCUUCGCACGGCACAUUUACCUUCAAAAUCAUGAACGAACCCAUACUGGAGAGAAACCCUAUGAAUGUAAUCAGUGUGGUAAAGCCUUCGCACGGCAUGGCCAUCUUGAAACUCAUGAAAGAACCCAUACUGGAGAGAAACCCUAUGAAUGUAAUCAGUGUGAUAAAGCCUUUGCAUGUCCCAGUACUCUCCAAAAGCAUAAAAGAACCCAUACUGGAGAGAAACCCUAUGAAUGUAAUCAGUGUGGUAAAGCCUUUGCACAGAACAUUCAUCUACAAAGUCAUGAAAGAACCCAUACUGGAGAGAAACCCUAUCAAUGUAAUCAGUGUGGUAAAGCCUUUGUGUGUAACAGUUAUCUCCGAAUGCAUGAAAGAAUGCAUACUGGAGAGAAACCCUAUGAAUGUAAUCAGUGUGGCAAAGCCUUUGUAUUUCACAGUAGUCUCCAAACACAUGAAAAAACCCAUACUGGAGAGAAACCCUAUAAAUGUAAUCAGUGUGGUAAAGCCUUUUCACGGCACGGUCAUCUUCAAAGUCAUGAAAGAAUGCAUACUGGAGAGAAACCCUAUGAAUGUAGUCAGUGUGGUAAAGCCUUUGCAUAUCCCAGUAGUUUCCAAAAACAUAAAAGAACCCAUACUGGGGAGAAACCCUAUGAAUGUAAACAGUGUGGUAAAGCCUUUGCACAGCACUGUCAUCUACAAAGUCAUGAAAGAAGCCAUAUUGGGGAGAAACCCUAUGAAUGUAAUCAGUGUGGUAAAGCCUUUGCAGAUCAAAGUAGUCUCCAAAGACAUAAAAGAAUCCAUACUGGAGAGAAACCCUAUGAAUGUACUCAGUGUGGUAAAGCUUUUGCAUAUCACAGUAGUCUCCGAAAGCAUAAAACAACCCAUACUGGAGAGAAACCUUUUGAAUGUAAUCAGUGUGGUGAAGCCUUUGCACAGCACAUUCAUCUACAAAGUCAUGAAAGAACCCAUACUGGAGUUAAAACCCUAUUAAUGUAAUAGGUGUGGCAAAGCCUCUGUAUGUCACAGUAGUCUCCAAACACAUGAAAGAACACAUACUGGAGAGAAGCCCUAUGGAUAUAAUCAAUGCAGAAAAGCCUUUGCAUAUAUAGUAAUCUCUGAAAACAUAAAAAAACCCAUACUUGAGAGAAAUAUUAUGUAUGUGAUUAGUGUGCUAAAGGCUUUGUUUGUCAUAGUCAUCUUUAAAGACAUGAACUAACACAUGGUGGGAAGAAACCCUAUGAAUGUAUUGAGUGUGAUAAAGCCUUUGCACUUCACUGUACUCUUCAAAUAUAUAAAAGAUGACACACAGGAGAUAAACUCUAUGAAUGUUAUCAGUGUGGUAAAGCAUUUGCAUGUAUGAAUAAUCUAAAUCAUGAGAAAAAAUCAUACUGCAGAGAAACCCUAUGAAUGUAUUCAGUGUGAUAAAGUUUUGUACUUUAUACAGGAGUAAAACUUUUUGUGUGCAACAAUCUGUUAAAAUCUUUGUAUAUUACAUUAGACGUGAAAGGUUUCCCUUCUGUAUGCUGUGCAUGUAUUUUGUUACCAUUGUUUAAUAAAGAAGCUGCUUUGGGCCUAUGGCAGGGCAGAAUAGAGCAUGGCAGGAAUUUCAAGCAGAGAUAGUGGAGAAAAGAAAGUGGAGUCAGAUUCCAUGUAUCUGCUGAAAAAGACAGAUGCCCUGGAACCUUACUGAUAAACCACAAGUCUUGUGAUAAAAUAUGAAAUAAUAGGAAUGCAGCAAUAACAAGAAUCCUGAGCUAAUAGGCCAAGCAGUGUUAAUUAAUAUAGUUUCUGUGUGAUUUUUUUUUCGAGUCUGGGCAACCAGCGAUGAACAAGAAUCUUUUGCCUACAAGACAAGACUAUUUCUUCUGUAGAAAUAAAUUUGACAGUGUUAACAAUC